AUGCCCGCGCCAGCGGUAGGAACAAGACCUUCCUUACAAACUUUCCUCCAUUCUCUCAAGCACAAUGACUCUAUCGAGAGCUCAAUCGCCCUCCUAGUCUCCCUACUCAAAUUUCGCCAAAUAGCACACUCGCGACCGUGUGCCAUUGCGACCACACGACUACUGCUCCAGGUUGUGGCAGAGCGAAGAUGGUCCAACUCGCAGGAUCUCGAGCGGCGCAUCAGGGAAGUAGGCGAACGACUCCAAGCCGCACAGCCUCGAGAAAUGGCAGUCGGCAACAUCGUGCGCAGAGUACUCGGCAUUGUGCAUGAAGUAGCCGAGGACGAUCAGGACGCACCCAGCAUAACCAGCAGUCAGGAGCUGCCUGGUCCUACCGUAACGACAGGAGACUCUACUCAUCGACCCAAGCUACCGACCAAUAUAUCUGGCUUCAGUCCGCUCAACCAGGGAGCAGCUCUACCUCACACAACACCGACACAAACGACAAGCGCCACAUCAUCGCCGUCCAUCAAUGGCACUGCUGAAAGUCCUCCGCGACGUCCCGGACUUUCCGCCGUGGCAAGCUCGUACGCAGGUCAAGGGCCACAUGGCUCUCUUUUUGGCAUCCUAACGCAGCCACAAGGUCUAGGAUCGAUCGGAGGCUCGCCGCUCGGAUCAGGGACAGCCACGCCAGUACCGAAGCCCAGCAGAAACCAAGACGAAUCGAAGGAAAAGCUUGACAUCAAAGCUGAGGUGAUCGACGGCAUCAAGGAUCUGCUCGAGGAGCUUGACAUUGUCGACAGCCAAAUCUCUGAAUAUGCUCUGGAUCAUAUCCACAGCAACGAGAUCAUCCUCACUCACACAUCAUCACAGACUGUGCAACGGUUCCUCUCCGCAGCCGCACGAAAGCGCAAAUUCACAGUCAUACACGCCGAAGCAUAUCCCAACAACCACGGAGAAACACAUUCUACCGUCGUCAAUGGUAGCUCAAAAGCUGGCGAGGACGAAGACCCGAACGAGCGCUGGAAGACUCUCACGUCCAUGGGCAUCAAAGUCAUCGUCAUCCCCGACUCAGCCGUCUUCGCCCUCAUGUCGCGAGUCAACAAAGUCAUCAUGGCACCUCACGCAGUCCUCGCCAACGGCAGUCUCAUCGCAGCCGCAGGAGCCGCUACUGUUGCGCAAGCUGCCAAAGCUCAUCAAGUUCCCGUGGUCGUCCUCAGCGGAGUCUACAAGCUUAGUCCGGUGUAUCCAUUCGACAUGGCGGAGAUGAUUGAGUAUGGCGAGCCUGGUAAGGUGGUCCCAUUUCAGGAUGGCCCUUUUAUGGAUAAGGUGGAUGUGGUCAAUCCACUGUUUGACUGGGUUGAUGCGGAUCUGGUGAACCUCUACAUCACCAACUUGGGAGCACAUGCGCCUUCCUAUCUUUACAGGAUCGUGGCAGAUCACUACAGGACGGAGGACAUCGAUCUGACGACAAAGGCGUAG